AACUAAUAAAUAAAUUGUAAAUUUACAAUUUAAACUAACCACAAUCAAUUCCCUAAAUAAUUCCAAACAAUUUAAUAUAAUUUUCAAGUGUUUCAAGUGUUAAAAUGAAUGUGAAAAAAUGAUUUGAUAAAAAUAUAGAAAAAAAAAUUUCUGUGUGUGAAUUUUCCCCCAUUUCAUUUUUUUUUUCUUUUUAAUUUUUCCUUUUUUUUUUUUUACAUUUCUUCUCUUCGUGUCGUGUGUUCACCCACAAAAUAUAUCAAAUUGAUAUUAAAAAAAAAAAAAAUUAUCAAGAUGUUUACCAUUCGAGUGAUCUUCUGAAGAUAUGAACAACAUUCGCUAAUCAAUCAGGCGGAAAGGGGUUGCAGAAGGAGUUUGGACACAAGUACAAAAUCCAAUCUGCAUCUGAAUCUCUUACCGCCGCAUGCAACAACAAACAAAAAUCAAAUCAUAAACUUUGUCUACAUUGGGAAAAAGGGAAAAUUCUCGAAAAUAAAAAUACAAUUUGAAACUAUUCAAAAUGGGUGCCACAACAUCAUCGGACUACCCAAUGCCAUCGACCUCGGGAAUGCAAUCAACUUCUUCUGGUCUUGGUGGCAGCAGCGGUGGUCCUGGUGGAGGGCCUCAUUUCCGUGAACAGCGACGGAAGCGAGUAACUGGCUUUGCAACGCUUAAAAGAAAAUUCAUUCGACGACGUCGCUCGUCGAAAGCUUGUGACCAUGCCAGGGUAUUACGAGACUUUGUAUCGGACUGGAGUCCCUUAGAAUUGGCUGCCCUCUGUGAGGAAUAUGAGGCAUUAGCUGCACUCAAAGAUCUCUCAGUGCAGGCAGAAUUGGCUCGACCACCAGCAACCACUUUUAAACAGGAUCUGGCCAAUUUAUUUGACAUGAAGACAUGCACCGAUUGUGAUUUAGUAUUCCGCGGAACUAUCUUUCCCGUACACAGGUCGAUCCUUUCAUCAAGGUGUUCGUACUUUCGUGAUCUAUUAGCAGGGUGUCCGGGCUUCGGAGCGCGUAUCUGCCUUGAACUGCCAUCUUCGCCAAUUGACGUACAAAUGUUCUCAUCACUGCUGCGUUACUUGUACACAGGUGAUCUUUGUCCCCACGAUCCCAGCAUCGACAUAAAUCUCUUACGACAACUGGGCGACGAUUUUGGUACCCCAAAUCCUCUAGAACAUGAUUUGAGGUAUUUAUUAGAAACGGGAGACUAUGCUGACGCAGCGCUAGUGUUCACCUCUGAAGGCAAUGACUAUCACCGCCCCGAUUCAGGCAGUUCAGAGUAUGGUUUUCGACCAAAGCUAGAGCUGCCGUGCCACAAAGCCAUUUUGAGUGCUCGCUCGCCGUUCUUUCGAAAUCUCAUUCAACGGCGGACGCGAAACGUCGAUGAAUACACAGAGCGGGCUCUGCAUGUUCCAACACGCAUUGUGCUAGACGAAACUGUGAUUCCGAAGAGAUAUGCUCGUGUGCUGUUGCAUGCCAUUUACUUGGACACUGUUGACUUGUCCUUGAUUUUGAGAGGUGCUGGCAGUGGCAACAGCGCAGGCAGCCUUGGAGAAGUACACGCCCUCACUCAUACAGGCCGUGCGCGUCCAACUCCGCUAGAAGAAGCAAUGGAACUUUAUCAAAUUGGACGAUUCUUGGAGUUGGAUAUACUGGCUCAAGGAUGCGAAGACCUGAUACUUGAGUGGCUGUCACUGGAUACACUGCCAACGGUUUUAAAAUGGGGCAACCAACCACACGGCUCGGCAUGGGUAUUCCGGCAAGCGUGUCAGUAUUUACGUGAAGAGUUCUCGGCGGUCAUAUCAUCACCAGUUUUGCAUCAGUUGGACAAGACGCAGUUGAUCUGCGCUCUGCAAAGCAACUUCUUACAAGCUUCCGAGCUGGAAGUACUUCAGGCUGUUCUCAAAUGGGGUGAGCAGGAGCUGAUUCGUCGUAUGGAAGAUCGUGAACCGAAUCUCUUAAGUCAUACCGCACAUUCAGUCACACGGAAGGGUGUGAAGAAACGCGAUCUAAGCGAUGUUGAGUUGAGAGAGAUUUUGUCAGAGUUGCUGCCUCUGGUGCGAAUGGAUCAUGUUCUCCCGCCAAAUAGUGAUAUCCUCUGCCAGGCCAUUCGGAGAGGUCUCGUUAGCACACCACCUUCACACAUGAUUGGUGACGAACGUGAGAAUCUGCGUGUGAACGCUUGGAUUCGAGGUGGCAAGAAUCAGGGACUGUUCGUACGUCCUCGUCUCUUUAUGCCGUACUUUGAGGAGGUUAAAGCCUUACUCGAAGAUCGAAUGGCAUCAUCACAUCACGUUGAGCUUCUUCGAAUGCGACGAUCACGACACUUGCCCGAUAUUCCAGACACUCUUUACAUGGUGUCUCGAAUGAACGCUGCCGGAAGUGGUGGUGUUGGUGCCCCAUCGGGACCGGACAACAUUGAUAUGUUGGCCGCAGCAGCUGCCAUUCCCCCACCCGACGGACCCACAAUGACGGCAAUGUUCAAGCGCGAGCACAAAUUACGGCAGUCGCCCAUGUGCCAGAGGGCUCUGCUCCUUCCACUCUCUUCCAAGCACGAAAUCAAUCGCCAGAUUCGACUACGAGUAGUGCGCGAGUUCAAUUUGCCAGAUCCUGUGUCGGAGUUGCUAGAGAGCACGUUGAGCAGUCAAGGCGGACAAGAUGAGGUUGCUGCCAACAAUACGACACAGACUGAUGACAUCGAUGAUGAUGAUCAGACACCACCGCCAUCGCCGGCGUUGGCUGGCGGCAAUGAUGCCACCUCAGUACAAAAUAAUUUACCAUGUUACAGUCGAAACAUGACAUUUCCACGACAACAUUUGAGUGUUGGUCCGUCACAUCAUGGCUCAGGUGCUAUCGGAGGAGGAGGCGGAGGGGGAGGACUCGGUGGCGGUGGAAGUAGUUAUGGGUCUAGACACUCAUCGGGUCAUAGAGUUGAUUUGCCGGCAUUAAUAACCGAAGGUGAUUAUCGGCAAUUUGCACCGAUGAAUGAUGGUGGGGUGGAUGGUGCCAAUGGCGGAUGUGAAGGUGGGCAUUUGUCGGAUAUGAUGCCGGAUGUUGCAAUGGCAACAGCUUCUUUGGGACAAUUGCAUUUGGCUGGUGAGCCACCGGAUAGCUUGCAGUUGGAUCUAGGCGAUGGACCAAGUCACAUCAUGGGCGCAGCUGGACCAAUCGGAUUGCGAGGAUUGCAGCAUCAGCUGCCGCCAAGCAACUACCACCAUUUUAUGCAGCGUUCAGAUUCUCCAUUUGAUGUUUUACGUCAAGGUCAACCAUCACCAGCACCGCCGCAGGGGACAUAUAAUUCAGGACCACCCAGAUAUUUAUAGAGUUUGAGAGUGGCCCCCGAUGAGGGCCUUUAUUUUAGCAUGCCUUUUUGAAAAAUAGAAAACAAAAAAACAAAAAAAAAUGUGUUAUAAAAAUAAUUUUAAAGAAAAUGAAAAAAAAAAAACAAAAAAAAUUUCAAAUUCAAGCUAAAAUAAAGCGAACAACAAACAAAAUAAAAAAAAACAAAACUAAAUUUAUAAAUAUUAUACAUAAAUUAUAAAUAAAAAAAAAAAAACAAAAAAAAAUUA